UUAAUUCAUAAAGAAAUAAAUAACUAAGAAAAGGGGUAAUAUGAACCCGGCGAGGGUAAAUUCAAUUUGAGUAUCAAGCGGCGCCUUACAGACCAGUGUAUCACAUCAAUGGCGGUUCCUGGGCGGCGCAAUGGUUUCAACGAAGACGAUGAUGAAGAAUCCAACGGUAUUUUCGAAGAGCAGUCUCUCGUUGUUGAAGAAACCGAUACUCCUCCUCAUCUCCGGGACCUCUCCCAUGCCGCCCAAACCGGCGACCUCAACGCCCUCCGCCUCGCUCUCGAUAACUUGAGUGGUAGUAUUGAUGAACCUUUGGAGGAUGGGGAUAGCGCUCUUCAUUUGACCUGUUUGUACGGCCAUUUUGGAUGCGCCCAGCUUCUACUAGAAAGAGGAGCUGAUUUGGAGGCUAAGGAUGAGGAUGGAGCAAUUCCUUUACACGAUGCGUGUGCAGGAGGGUUUUUGGAGAUAGUCCAACUUCUACUUAACAGAGCUAAUGACGCCGAGCAUAUAAAAAGAAUGUUAGAAUCAGUCGAUUCUGAGGGUGAUACUCCUCUUCAUCAUGCUGCAAGAGGUGAGCAUGCUGAUGUAAUUAGGUUGUUGCUUUCUAAUGGUGCAUCAGCCACAAAGGAAAACUUAUAUGGAAAGACCCCUGCAGAGUUACCUGAACACGGCACAGAUGCUAGGAGGCUGCUUGAAGCUGCUACUACUGCCAUGGCAACCUAAUAAUAGGCAUUAACAUGGUGAUUAGUACAAAUAUUUAGUUUAAUUUUGAUAUAAGCUCAAUCUGUAUACUUUAUAUUCAUUUCUCCUAGUUCAGAUUUAUUGAGGUAAUUUUAUGAAUUAUAUAACUUUGGAGAGUUAAAAACGAGGAUUCAGGGUUAAGUCAA